CAAACAGCUGACUAAACUUUAUGCUCAACGAACAUAAUACACAGCCGUAGAAAGAAAAUUUUAUCCAACUGGUAAAAUAAGCUCCAUAACUUCACUCAACGCUCGAACGCGCCGAAAUCCAUGUUGCUUGGAUUCGGAUAGCAUUUGUGGGAUAUGUCCAAAAUUCUUAUUAGUACUUUAAAUUCAAAUCAACUAUUUAAUGCUAUAAAACCGUUUGGUAACAUCUUUGAACAAGUUUGGCAUUUCCAGGCACAAUCGAUCAGCAGGUGGACAUUCGCAAACAAAAUGGGACGCCGGUGGGAGCGAGUGAAGAGUGAAGCGGAAACGAGUAUUGGAAACAGUAAAACUUUUACAUUGUUGUCAUACAACAUUCUUGCACAAGAUUUAUUAGCAGAACAUUUGCACCUUUACAUUGGCAUUGAGCCAUCAAUGUUGCGUUGGGAUCACAGACUUUUUCGUUUAAGGGAAGAGAUUCAGUAUGUAAAACCUGAUAUACUCUGCUUACAAGAAAUGCAGUUUAAUCAUUUAAAAAAUUUGGUCAAACACAUCAGCUUUAAACGAGAACUGGAAUAUGUAUUCAAGAAGAAAACGGGACACAGAACCGACGGUUGUGCAAUUAUAUAUGAUAAAAGUAAAUUUAGACUACUGUCAGAGCGUCCUGUUGAGUAUUAUACACAUGGUGAUGCAGUCUUAAAUCGCGACAAUAUUGCAUUACUAGCCAAAUUUGCGAUAAGAAAGGAACCACAAAAGAAAUUCAUUAUUGCCACAACGCACUUACUUUACAAUCCCAGACGGCAAGAUGUACGCAUCGCACAAGUGGAAAAACUAUUGGGGGCCAUACAGCAGUACUCUGCGGAAAAUGAGGGCAAAAAUAGCGCAUUUCUACCAGUAAUAUUAACAGGCGAUUUUAAUUUCGAACCCAAAACCAGACCAUAUCAAUUGUUAUGUGAACCAUGUAAAGCCAAACCAAUAUCUCAAAAUUUUGUUAAAUCUCCAAAUUUGGUAGCAGCAGAUAGCCAGCAACAAACCAGCAGAGAAUAUUAUUUAAAAGCACCAGAUGAAGAUGGAAAUGAACUGCAAAUGAUGCCACUGGAUUUUGGCAUACAAACUGCAUCAACGUUUCAAGAUCAAUGGAUCACAGUUGACUAUGUGCUGCAUUCUGUUGAUAAGAAUCGGAAAAAGAUGCAAAUACAAUCUGUCUAUGCGCUCCCAAAAAUAAAUGACUGUGUACGUACGGGCAGUAUACCCAAUAAGUAUCUAGGUUCGGACCACUACUCUUUAGGUAUAAAAUUCUCAGUACUUUAGCAUUGGACUUUACAUUGUUUCAAAAUAAAUAAAUUACCAUGUAAAAUAUGGAAACUAAA